AUGGCCGGGAAGGUGGCGCUGCUCCUGUGGGCCCAGAUGCUCGGCCUCGCUGGUGCCCAGACCACCCAGCUCCUGGUGGAGCCCCCCUGGAGGCCAGCGGUGCUGUGGGACCGGGUGACACUGACCUGCCAGGGCUCGGGGACCGCCGGUGCCACCACCUGGUACAAGGAUGGGCAGCUCUGGUGGCAGGAGGGACCUGAUAACUUCACUGUCACCCAGAGUGGCACCUACAUGUGUACCCGGCCUGGCACUGGGCUCAGUCCCCCCAUGAUGGUCUCAGAUGAUAAUCUGGUGCUGCAGGUGCCAACAGGGGUGCUGCUGGAGGGGGACAUGACGACACUGCGCUGUCGGUGCGGCCAUUGGAACCACACGGUCACCAGCGUGCGAUUGUACCAAGACGAGAAGGAAGUGAGGGGGUUCAUCAAUGGGACCGAGCUGUCCCUGUUCCCCCUGCAGCUGUACCACAGUGGCCACUACAGCUGCGGGGGCUUGGUGGGGUCCUGGCAGUCACGGUCAGCAGCAGUGACAGUGACAGUGCAUGUGCCUGUGGACAAUGUCACCAUCACCCCCGGUGUCCUGGAGGUGACACCACAAGAUAAAUGGACACACAGGGAAACAGUGGCCGCAGGGAUCGGUGGAGCCCUUUUGUUCCUGCUCCUGCUCAUGGGUGUCAUUGUGGCCUGGCACCGAUGGCACAGUGUGGCCGCCAGGAAGCAGCAGGAAAGGGUCCCCCCAGAUACCCUGGCCCCCCCAGAGGAGGGGGAGGUGCUGUACACACACGUCGUGGUGACCAAGAGGGCAGGGGCCUCCCCCCGUGCCACCACCCUCCAGGAUCCCCAGGUGACCUACGUGGAGCUGCGGGGACCCCAGGGGCGACCACAGGAACCCAGUGACAUCUACAGGAAUGUGCUGUGA